UUGCGACGCAGACGACCGUCCUCGCAUUUGCCAGCCUACUGCUGCCGUCCCUGGCAGGCCUGUCUACGGGGGCGUCAUCGGUGUGCGCACUGCCGUACACUGGGGAUGACCCUGGCUCCUGCCAUCCACCUCCCGACGGAUGCUCGUCCCUACUGGAUAUGCCGCCAGAGGAGCUGCACACACCGGAAAUCACAGUACCAUGGAUGGCCGCAUCGACAUCAGCGACAGUGCCAACAUGCAUAAAAGAGCUUCAUCCGCUGACGCCGCUUCGUGGGCUCGGUGACUGCACCACAGCGCAGCCACCUAAUCCGCUUACCUUUGCGAUGCAGGUCAGUUCAUCGUAUGCCCUCUUCGCUAAAAAAUCCAGUAAUUAUAUAUUGGUGCAGUUUCCGAGCCCGCACUGCUGUGUUGCCAUUGCCGUUGAGUGUGCUCACGUAAUUCAUUCCUUGCUCAUGCUAUCAGGUGAUGUUGAGACUAACCCUGGCCCUCAGGGCAACGCUGCUGUACUCGCCGAACUACAGAAGCUAAGCGCGGGACAGACCCUGUUGAUUACGGAAAUACAGGGCCUCAAAACACAGCUGAACACAACAGACCAAACCAUAGCAAGCCUUGACAAACGAAUGGCCGAUCUCGAAACGCAUUACCACACACUUCUUCACCUCAGAAACGAUAUUGAAAUAAUACAGUCAACCACAAUCGACCAAGCUAAAAAGAUUAACGAACUAGAAACACGCCUGGAUGACGCGGAAAACCAAUCGCGUCGGAAUAACCUUAUUUUCUAUGGUAUCCCCGACCCUGCUAGCGCUGAAACGUGGGCCGAGUCAGAAAAACUAGUCAUCGAUGUUUGCCGGAAAAAUCUUGAUAUAACCUUGGAACCUAACGACAUUGAAAGAGCGCAUCGCCUCGGAAAUCAUUCAGCCAAUCGAAUUCGUCCCGUAAUCGUAAAAUUCCUAUCUCAUAAAACCAAAGACGCACUGCUAUCAAAUGGCCGUAAAUUGAAAGGCACAAGCUACAGUAUUGGAGAGGACUUCUCCCGCACCGUUCGCCAUGCGCGUAAACAGUUGUUAGUGUUUGCCAAAGCCAAUUCUAACAAGUACUCCUUGCGCUUCAAAACCCUGCACAUCGGCCCAAAACGCUAUGUAUUUGACGCAUCAUCCCAAACCGUUAAGGAAAUAGCAUAGCAAUUGCCCCGUCACAAAACUUUAACAAAUCGUCGACCCGCUCCACCGCGCAAUGUUCUCUCGUUUUCGAUAAUAUUCACUAA